AUGGCUUUGAGUAAUCCAGAUUUACCAGAAGGCACAGUACGUAACCUAAUGGAACAAGACACAUUAAAAUGGGUAUUUGUAGGUGGAAAAGGUGGUGUAGGGAAAACAACAUGCAGCUCAGUACUGGGGAUCUUUCUUUCACAAGUCAGAUCAUCAGUUCUAAUAAUAUCAACUGAUCCAGCUCACAAUCUUAGCGAUGCAUUUCAACAACGUUUCGCUAAAACUCCAACCGUCGUUAAUGGUUUCACCAAUUUGUACGCCAUGGAAGUUGAUCCAACUAUAGAGAAUGAAGAAGGCGGUUCAGAAGGAGUGGACGGUUUUUUCUCAGAUUUGGCGAAUGCAGUUCCAGGAAUUGAUGAAGCUAUGAGUUUCGCUGAGAUGCUAAAGUAAGUACCAUUUUUUCGUGACACUAAAAAGAAGUUCAAAAAAUAAGUCAAGUGUUCUGAGAACUACUAUAAUCUUUUGAAAUGUGAAAGAUCUAUUCUUAGAUUGAGCCUUAUUUGAUUCCUAAGCAAUAAUAACUGAUAGAAAUGGACCAAACGAUGAUACACAAGGUGGUAUUAGUUGAUUGCAUGUAUAAAUGAAAAAGAGAUGCUUAGCACUUAUGUCUCUAGACCCAUUUUGCCAUAUUUUAUUCAGUCAUGGCCUUAGAUUUUGUUGAGAAAUGACGUAAUAACUUCAAUUUGGAUGAUCUCUUGCUCUUUGUUUCUAGAGAUAUUAUAAUAGAAAUAUAUCAAGCAACAUGAAGAGGAUCACUGCAAUUAAUUGUUUGUAUUUUCAAAUAUUCGGGUUUCUCUUUUCUUGAUGAUCAUAUUA